AUGGGCUCGACACAAUCGCAGAAGGGAGAUUGGACUCCGUGGACUGUUCUCUCCACAAUCCCCCACCCCAUAGAGGAAAACAGCUCCUCCCCGAUACCCUUUUUUCAUCUCCUCGAACGCCUCAAGACCACCAAGCGUGAAGGAUGGCGCCGCUUCGGCCUUGACCACGCAGAAUCGAUCUCGGAUCACAUGUAUCGCAUGGCAAUUAUUACAAUGCUCGCCCCCCCUUCUCUCUCCUCCAAACUCAAUAUCCCGCAUUGCACAAAAAUGGCGUUGAUCCACGACAUGGCUGAAUCCCUCGUCGGCGACAUCACCCCCGUCGACAAGUCCGUCACAAAAGCCGAGAAAGCACGCCGCGAAGCAGCAACUAUGGAUUACAUCGAACAGACGUUGUUGCGCAACGUGCCCGGCGGCUCGAUUUCGGGGCCUGAGAUUCGUCGCAUUUUCCAAGAAUAUGAGGAUAGCGAGACGCUGGAAUCCAAGUUUGUGCACGAUGUGGACAAGAUUGAGUUAUUGCUGCAGAUGGUCGAGUACGAGCGGGAACAUGGCAAGGAUCUUUCAGAGUUUGCGCAUGUUGCAAAUCGAAUCACGCUGCCAGAGGUGAAGGAGUGGGCUGAUGCGAUUAUGAAGGAGCGCAAGCAUGUAUGGCAGAAUCAGUCAUAA